GACGGUGAGUGGGCUGCUCCCGAACCCAAAGCUUUCUGACCACGAGUGAUCCCGGACACAGUCUCACAGAGGCAGCGCAGCCAGCGACCCGGGCUGCUGGGAUUUACUUGUCUUCCUGCACCUGGAUAUCCUAUUCUAUUUGUGGCUGCGUGUUUAACUUUACAGCAACAUGUCUCGGGCACCUGAUGAUGUGAGCAAACUCACCGAGAACACAUACAAGAAUGUGAUGGAACAAUUUAAUCCUGGCCUCAGGAAUCUGGUCAACCUCGGGAAGAGUUAUGAGAAGUCUGUCUCAGCCAUGACCAUGGCAGGAAAGGCUUAUUUUGAUGCCGUCGCAAAGAUCGGCGAGAAUGCCACUGUGUCUCCCGUCUCCAAAGAACUGGGUCUGGUUCUGAUUGAGAUUGCUGAGGCCCAUCGGAAAAUCCACUAUGAACUGGAAGAGAAUCUGAAGAGAUUCCACAGAGAGGUGAUUAUUGAGCUGGAAAAGAAGACAGAGAUGGAUGUCAAAUACAUGAAUGCCACCUUCAAGCGCUACCAGUCGGAGCACAAGCUGAAGCUGGACUCCCUGGAGCGUUCACAGACAGACCUAAAGAAGUUACGCAGGAAAAGCCAGGGGAAGCACUCGUCCAAGUAUGAGAUUAAAGAGAACGAGUAUGUGGAGACUAUUUCAUCCCGAAAAGUGGACAUGCAGAAGUUCAUUGCUGAUGGCUGCAAAGAAGCUCUUCUGGAAGAAAAGCGACGCUUCUGCUUCCUGGCAGACAAACACUACAUGUUCUCCUACCAAAUCAGCAAUUUCCACGACAAGGCCAAGGACAUGCUGGCAGCCAAGCUCCCUAGCUGGCAGGAGAAGUGCAGUGACAUCAGCAAGGUGCCAGAAACAGUGAUGACCAUGAUAGAUGGACUGUCCACACCGCCAGAACAAUCGCCACAAGUUAACCGCCACAACAGGAACAAUUUGGAUUCGAUGAUUCCACCCCCGGCUCCUCCACUGAAGGCCCAGAUCAGUCCUCUCGCUAACAUGUUCAACCCAGAGCCCAGAUCUCCUCUCACCUCCCCGUCAGACCGCAACUCAGACCAGGGCAGUCUUGGCGAAGGGUCGUUGUCCCGGUCCACAUCCCAGUCAUCCGGUCUUAACAUGAGCAGAAAACUGGUGCGGGUCCAGACCAUAUUCCCCCACACAGCGGGCAACAACGACACGCUCCUCAGCUUCGAUGACGGUGACAUCAUCACACUGAUGAUCCAGGAUGAGAAAGACGGCUGGCUUUACGGGGAACUGGAGAAGACUGGGCAACGAGGCUGGUUUCCCUCAUCAUACUGCAGACCAUGUUCAGAGCCGUUCCUAUCAAACAACAGCAAUUCGAACACGCCGGUGCGAAGUCUGAGUGUGGCAAGUCUGCCGGUGCAUGAGGUGGAGGAAGAUGAGCCCGUGCUGCUGCCGCCGCCAGACUACAGUGAUGAGGUUCACAGCCGCCCAGCAGCUCCGCCCACGCUGCUGCAACAGAACACAGUUUCUUUAGCCAAUGGCAGUGCAAAGGCCCCUUUUCUAGGUGGGGGGAAUCCAUUUGCAACGGUCAAGCUAAGGCCGACCGUCACCAAUGACCGAUCAGCACCAGUCAUCUAAGGCAGCGGAGGAGAAGGAUCACGUCUCACAUCCCCAACCUGCAUGUCUGUCUGUCUCAGCGUUCGGCUAAACAACCUGUUGUUACCGCAACUCUCAUACGUGUUACAAACGUUUGAAAACACCCAGCAUCUGUGACGUCGUAGUUGAAAGCAAAUAAACUGCCAAACUCCAUGACAACUUUCCCCGUCAUCACCAGCCUAUCUGUUGGACUUGGCCAUCAUGGUCAUGGUCAACACGCCUUCUCAUCCAUCGUACCUUAACAAGAGCUCCUAUCUAUCUUAUCUGAGUUUGGCCAGUGUGUCAGUCCACACUGGGUCCCCCUUUACAGCAGGUUUUAUAAUGUAUUCAAGUGUAUACAGUAACAUCAGUAGUCACACUGAUGGGGAAUUCUUCUUUGGUCAUGACAUUACUUGGGCACCAAGUUGUCACAUCCUCUCUCUGCCACAUUAUGGUGUAGAAACUUGGUUUUCUAUUUGCUUCAUUUAUCAAAAAUAAUGAAUGUAUUGAUUGGUUUGAAAUGGAGUCUGAUAUCUGCUACCACACUAUAUGUGCAUAUGUGAGUAUAUGGGUCUGGAGGAUAUUCACUGCGUCUGAACAAACACUUUUAAGUUUGCAUAAUUUUAAGUCAUAAAAGUUUGCAAACAAGUGUAGGUGGUGUUACAGCAUUGGCUGAUGAGAAAUACACCACAAAAUUUCAGUUAUUGUGAAAGAUUCGACUAGUUUAUAGUUGGUCUCAGACAUCCAAAACUAUUGAAGUGUCCAAAUGUAAUGGGGGUCAUUGCAGUACAAUGAGAACCAAUGGACUGGUGUUUUUUCAUUAUGUAGCAGCCAUUAUUUUAGCAAGUUUUUAUGUUUUAAUUUGGCAUUUCAUCUACAUAUUUCACAACAUAUUUUUAAACAAAGAGGAUUCCUGUGUCUGGGCUUCAGUGAGGGGGAUGCAUUGUAGCAUGGCUUGGCUUAGAUUCCAUGAAACUAAAUAUGUUGUUUGUGUGUAGAUGACUUAUUUUCAAGUGGCCAGGUGGCUCCACGGAUGGUGAGAAACAUGUAAGAAGUGAUUCCAGAUGUAAGCCAGAUGCUGGCGUUCUGAAUGGUGAUAUGUUGAGUUGAUGCUGAUGACAGAAAACAGGUGUCUUCCUGACUUGCUUUGAAAAAAAUCUUAUUUUUAAAUAAAACUUUAUUUGUCUUUGAUACUGUGAGAAUGAAGGGAGAGCAUGAUGUGUUGGAUGAGGGUUUGUCCAUAAAAUGAAGUCUGUUUCACACCAGGCUAUUUAUAUAGAGACGUCAUAUUUUAAUGAUAUACAAAAAGAUUCCUUUCUGUGAAGAUUUCCUUUUCAGAAUAAGACAUCAGUUCCUGUACUUGGAUCCUCACGGGUUGGGAUGUAGCUGUUGAAAUGUGUUGGAAUUAAAGAUAUAUUUUCACUCCAGUUUAGUGACGACUGCAUAAGAUGUACCUUACUACUCGCCUUGUAUGUGGGUAUGUUGAAUAACUGAUUGAAAUAUGCGGAGUGUUCAAUAUUUUAUGAGGACUUUUUUUUUUUUUGCAAUGUAUUUCAGAAUGUAAAAACUAUGACCAGAUCAUAACGACAUGUUCCCUCAGUGCUGCACCACUGUGUUGAUGGAUAGCUCCUCGGGUUCUUAAUAAAA